GAAAUUUGACGUUCGUCAUUUUUUAACCUUUGCGUUAAAUAUAGAAUGAAAGCCAUUUACUUUCACUUUCAUUUAGCACCUCAUGAUAUCUGUCAACUGCAUUAACAUUCAGGUCUCCACGCAUGGCUAAUGUUGCUGCCUGUGUUUCUCCUGCUAAAAACAUGCUGCAGUUUUUCAUCUCUCUUUUUCUCUUGCUCACCCCAUUUAUCGAAUGCAAGGACCAUGAAAACACCACAAUUCAAAGAAACGAUCCCUUGUUUCAGUGGCAAAUGAGACUGACAAAUACAGUUAAACCACUUCAUUAUGAUAUACUGAUUCACCCAAACCUAACUUUUCUGAACUUUACUGGAAGUGUACAAAUUCAACUGGAGGUACAACAGGACACCAAACACAUCAUACUCCACAGCAAGAACCUUCAUAUCUCCAGGGCAGUUGUUUUAGUGCAAGGACGUGCUCAUCUCCUUUAUUUUCAUGAGUCUGUGGCCUUUGAACAGAUUGCAUUGUCUUCUCCGAGCUUUACAUUUACAAAAGGAAUACAUGUUAUACAUGUAGCUUUCAGUGCCAACCUGUCAGACAGUUUUCAUGGUUUUUAUAAAGGCUCAUACACCACUCGCACUGGGGAAGUCAGGACUUUGGCCUCCACCCAGUUUGAGCCCACACAUGCAAGAGCUGCUUUUCCAUGCUUUGAUGAACCAGCCUUUAAAGCCAACUUUUCUGUUCGUAUUCGGAGAGAGUCGAGGCAUAUUUCCAUAUCCAAUAUGCCUAAGUUGAAAACGGUGAUGCUUCUUGAUGGCCUCCUGGAGGAUCAGUAUGAUGUGAGUGUGAAAAUGAGCACCUAUCUAGUGGCCUUUAUCAUUUGUGAUUUUCUCUCCAUCAGUAAGAGAAGUCAGCAUGGUGUCGAGAUAUCAGUGUACACUGUUCCUGAUAAGAUUAACCAAACAGAUUAUGCUCUUAACACAGCAGUUACACUACUUGACUUUUAUGAUGAUUACUUUAAUAUACCCUAUCCGCUCCCUAAACAUGAUCUUGCAGCAAUUCCAGAUUUUCAGUCCGGUGCCAUGGAGAACUGGGGUUUGUCCACGUACAGAGAAUCUGGACUCCUCUUUGACCCUGAACGGUCUUCCACCUCUGACAAGUUAGGGAUCACAAAGGUUAUUGCUCAUGAGCUUGCCCAUCAGUGGUUUGGUAACUUGGUAACGAUGCAGUGGUGGAAUGAUUUGUGGUUAAAUGAAGGAUUUGCCAAGUUCAUGGAGUUUGUAUCUGUUAACAUUACCUACCCUGAACUGCAAGUGAAUGACUAUUUCAUUGAGAGGUGUUUCACGGCUAUGGGUGUGGAUUCUUUAAGUUCGUCUCACCCUGUUUCUACCCCAGUGGAGAAUCCUGCAGAAAUCAGAGAAAUGUUUGAUGAUGUGUCCUAUCAGAAGGGAGCCUGUGUUCUAAACAUGCUAAAAGAUUUUUUGACUCCAGAAGCAUUUAACAUUGGUAUUAUUCGCUACCUGAAGAAGCACAGUUACCAGAAUACUGUUAGUGCUGACCUCUGGAACAGUCUGACAAAUAUCUGUCAAUCAGAUGAUUUUGAUGUUGGGAGACUAAAAGCAAAUGGAUUUUGCACCAACAGCAAGUCUAGAACAUCUGCCUCUAAAUGGUAUAUGGAGGAUGACCUAAAUGUGAAGGAUAUCAUGGAUUCCUGGACACUUCAGGAGGGCUUUCCCAUGAUCACUGUGGAGGUCAACGGCCGAGAGGUCCAAAUAAAACAGGAGAGGUACCUCAAAGGUGCAAACGCUUCAACAAAUUCAAGCUUUCUAUGGCAAGUGCCCUUGACCUACAUAACCAGCAGUUCCAGUUCUGUCCAGCGUUUCCUGCUGAAAACUAGAAAAGAUGUAUUAUACCUGCCAGCAGAAGUAGAGUGGAUCAAGUUCAAUGCAGACAUGCGUGGUUUUUAUAUUGUUCAUUAUGAAGGAAAUGGCUGGGAUGCUUUAAAAAGACAGCUUCAGCUCAAUCACACUGUAUUUAGUGGGAAUGAUCGAGCAAGCCUCAUCCACAACAUCUUUCAGCUAGUGAGCAUUGGAAAAGUGACUCUGGAUAAAGCCCUGGGCCUGAGCCAGUACCUAAAGCAUGAGACUGAAAUUACGCCAGUGACACAGGGCUUCAGUGAGCUAGUGCCUUUUUACAAACUCAUGCAGAAGAGAGAUAUGGUGAAAUUGGAACACCAACUAAAGGGCUAUCUAAUGAACCUGUUCCAAAGACUGAUUGACACUCAGAGCUGGAGUGAUAAGGGCUCAGUGUCAGAGAGACUGUUGAGGAAUUACCUUCUUCUUUUUGCUUGUGUAUGCCGUUAUUCUCCAUGUGUAAGCACUGCACAGGACCUUUUCCACAAAUGGAAGGAGUCAGGUGGCAAGCUGAGGUUGCCUGCUGAUGUCCGUUUAGUUGUGUACACUGAGGGUGCUCAGACAGAAGAAGGCUGGGACUUCCUCUUGACAGAAUACAAUCACACCAUUUAUACGUCAGAAAAAAUCCAAAUUAAAGCAGCACUGUCUUACAGCCCAUUGGCUCACAAGCUGAAGUGGCUGAUGGAGAGCGGCCUAGAAGGAGACAUUCUGAAGACUCAUGAGCUACCAUCUCUUGUCAUAAGCAUCAGUAAAAAUCCAAAUGCUUAUAAACUGGCCUGGGACUUUCUAAAGUCCAACUGGCCAACUCUGGUUAAAAAGUUUGAUCUUGGUUCCUCAUCUAUCUCACGCAUGGUUGUUGGUGUGACCAAUCAGUACUCGUCCAGUGAAAUGCUAGAGGAGGUACGGUCUUUCUUCAGUUCCCUGCAGCAGGACAUGGGUGCAGCACUGCGCAGCAUUCAGCAAGCCCUAGACAACAUUGAAGAGAAUAAGCGCUGGAUGGAUAAGAAUAUUCCUCUACUUACAGACUGGCUUAACAAACAUCAAAGUACCUGACUAAAGCUUUCAACUGAUGGUGCAAUUGAAGCACCUUCAGGUGCAAUUCUAGAAGACCUUUGGAAUUAAAAAGUAAUUUACAAUCAUGUAAUUUACAAUAUGUUUUGAAAAUGUAUGAGAAAGGUUUUCUUAUUUUGUC